UGCAACAAAGGGCUUCGAUCUCUAUCGUUCAGAGCGACGCACCAAAUCAAUCGAAUCUUGGGGGUCUCGCGUCCUACCCCGCCUUUGACGUUUUUUCGACCAUUUAAUUUCCCGGCUUCUGGUUUUCCACUGCAGAAACUUUGAACCCGCAGUUCACCUGGGCCACGACCAUUUUCCCAUCUCCUCCAGAUAGUCCAAAUACACAGUCCCGUUUAACAACGCCCAAAAUGGCCGAUUUCGUCAUUCCCAAGCCUCCGCAGCAGGAGAAGUUCAAGGAGAAUCUCCAGAAUGUCCUCAUGUGCCCGGAGUGCAAGGAAGACCCACCUCACCUCGUCGAAGAGUUCUCGUCAGGAGACAUGGUUUGCGGCUCCUGCGGUCUCGUGCUGGGCGAGCGUAUUAUCGACACCCGCUCCGAGUGGCGUACUUUCUCCAACGACGACCAGGGCAACGAUGACCCCUCUCGUGUUGGUGAUGGUCCCAACCAGCUGAUCGAUGGUGAUCAGCUCCAGACCACUAUCGCGUUCGAUGGCAAGAACGGCAAGAAUCUGUCCCACCUUCAGAACAAGAUCACUCAGGACAAGAACUCGAAGCAGCUCAUGCAGGCCUACCGCGAUAUUCAGGGCUUGACGGACAGCAUCAAUGCUGGUACCCAGGUGGCAAAUGCUGCCAAGCACAUCUACAAGCUCGUUGAGGACAACAAGGCCCUCAAGGGCAAGUCUCAGGAAGCCAUCACUGCUGGCUGCAUCUUCAUUGCAUGCCGCCAAACGGGAGUGCCGCGUACGUUCCGUGAGAUCUACAGCCUGACCAAGGUUUCCAAGAAGGAGAUUGGCAGGGUUUUCAAGCAGUUGGAAUCCUUCCUCCAGAAGAUCGGAGGCGAGGAACAUGCAAUCACGACCAGCAUCCCCACCUUCAACCAGCAAUACCAGGGCAAGGGAUCUACUACCGCUACCGAGCUUUGCGCUCGUUACUGCAGCAACCUUAACUUCCGUAACUCGGUUGCGGUCGAGGAUGUUGCCCGCCAGCUGGCCGACAAGACCAGCACUAUCUCGGAGCUGGCUGGCCGUUCACCCCUUUCCGUCGCCGCUGCCUGUAUCUACAUGGCAUCCCACAUCAGGAACGAGUCACGUACAUCCAAGGAGAUUGCGGCAGUGGCGGGUGUCAGCGACGGAACCGUCAAGACAGCUUAUCGUCUGCUCUAUAACAAGAAGGACAAGCUGCUUGAGGAGAUCUUCCCUGAGGGAGUGCCAAACCUCGACAAGCUUCCUGCGAAUUAGGGACCUCGGGUGCGCGGGUAGUUUGGAUAGAGCGUUGGCUUUUGAUUUUCACGGGACAGAAUCGCGGCGUGACAGCAUUGCGUUUUCUUAAGCUUGACAGGGUGGUCAGCCUCACUAAGAUGACAAGGUAGUCCUACUGAGAACGUGGCGGCUUUUGAACUUGGUUGACAGGCAAAAGGCAACCCACAGGCACGUCCGGAUUUUCAGAAGUUUGGGAGCAUCUUGCGUGGUCGGGAGUGAAGCGGAUCAUCAUAUACACAAGAUAGGGCCAGUGACUG